AUGCCCAAACACCUCAGCGAGACGGCCUCCGUCUCGGGUUCAUCCUCCUCCAGCGACAACUCAUCAUCCCGCAAGCGCAAGCGUUCCUCUGCCAAGAACUCCAACGGCGACGCCCAACAAACCACCAAGAAACCCUUCUCCGACAAGCACCUCGCCAACGGCCACCGUCGCAACUCGUCCUCCAAAGCUGCCCGCGAUCCCCGCGACGAUGCCCGAGCCGUCGCCGUACGCCAGCCUAACCCGGUCGUUGAUCACGAUGGUCUGAGCCGACCCGCCAAAGGAACCCGCGCGCGACUCGAGGAAACCCCCCAACAAGAAGCCGCUCGCUUGGAAAAGAUGCGCGCAGCCGUCCGCACUAUUCUCGAGUGCGUUGGUGAGGAUCCCGACCGCGAAGGUCUCCUCGACACUCCCUCGCGCUAUGCCAAGGCCAUGCUCUUCUUCACAAAGGGCUACCAGGUCAACGUCGACGACCUCGUCAACAACGCCCUCUUUAACGAGGGCCACAACGAAAUGAUUGUUGUCAAGGAUAUCGAGAUUCACUCUCUCUGCGAGCACCACCUCGUUCCGUUUACCGGCAAGAUGCACAUUGGCUACAUCCCUCGCAACACCGUCAUUGGUCUCUCCAAGCUCCCCCGCAUUGCCCAAAUGUAUGCCCGUCGACUGCAGGUCCAGGAGCGCCUCACCAAGGAGGUUGCCAAUGCCGUCAUGGACAUUCUCAAGCCCCAGGGUGUCGCCGUCGUCAUGGAGUCCUCCCACCUUUGCAUGGUCAUGCGCGGCGUCGAGCAGACAUCCACGUCCACCAUUACCUCAUGCGUCCUCGGCUGUUUCGAGCGCAAGUCCAAGACCCGCAAUGAGUUUCUCUCUCUCGUUGGCAUCAACCGAUAG